AUGGCCUCCUCAUCAACCACCUCGACGCCAAGCAAUUCCAAAACCAUCCCGAUAACCUCCGCCCACCACUUCACCACCACCCUCUCCUCCUCCCGCCUCGUCGUCGUCGACUUCUGGGCCCCCUGGUGCGGCCCCUGCAAAGCCAUCAGCCCCGUCUACGAACAACUCUCCUCCCAACUCUCCCGACCAGGCGUAAUAACUUUCGUAAAAGUCAACACGGACGAGCAAAAGGAAAUCGCGUCCUCGUAUAAUGUUUCCGCCUUACCGACUUUUAUGAUUUUCAAGGCGGGGAGGGAGAUUAAGAGGAUCAAGGGGGCGGAUCCGAGGGGGUUGAAUGAGGCGGUGAAACAGUUGGCGCAGGAGGCGGGGAGGGCGGAUGAGAGUGGGGAUUCAGCAGGUGCUAGUGGGAGUGGGAGUGCGGGGGGGAUGUGGAUGGGUGCGCAAGGGCCGAGGGGGUAUGUGGAUAUCACGGAUGCGGUGGAUCUCCUCGGGCUGGAUUUCCUGAACGUGGAUGAUAAGAAGGGGGAUAAGAGGAUCCUGUUCGACGGUGGUAAACCCUCAUCACUACACGCUGGAGCUGGAGCCGGCAAGUCGAAAGAGAAAGGUGAGGGCGAAGGAGGCAAGAAAGCAGACUGGCUGGAGAGCGACACAGACGAGCAACUCAUGCUCUUCAUCCCCUUCCAAUCUACGGUAAAACUUCACAGUCUCCACCUCACCUCCCUCCCACCCGCAGACGACGAAGAGCCCUCCCGACCCAAAACUAUUAAACUCUACACAAACCGCAGUACCACCCUCGGCUUCGACGAAGCGGACGAUAUCCCUUGCACACAGACCAUCACCCUUUCGCCCUCAGACUGGGAUGACAAAACCGGGACAGCGAAAGUCGAACUCCGUUCGCUGGUGGUAUUUGUGGUGGAUGGGGAGAGCGAUGAGGGAGAGAAGGUGCGGAUUGAUCGGGUGCGGUUGUGGGGGGAGACGGGGGAGAAGAGGGCGAUGGGGAAGUUGGAGAAGGUCGGGGAGGACCAUUGA